AAAUGUAUGAAAUUCAAUGUGGACGCUCCUAUUUGGCUGUCCAAGCAGCGGAUCCUGUGUACUCUCAACCAGAGCCUGAAAGAUGUACUCAACUAUGGCCUAUUUCAACCAGCUUACAACGGCAAAGCUGGCAAGUUUCUGGAUGAGGAGAGACAGCUAAGGGAAUAUCCCUUCCCAUCCAUCGCUCCUGUACCUUACCUGGAGUUCCGCUAUAAAAGACGUGUCUACACCCAGACUCACCUGGAUGAAAAGCAGCUGUCUAAGCUCCACACCAAGGUAAGCU